UUCUUGAGCUCAAUCCAGCACAAACCUUCUCAGGCAGCAAAGCAUCUUGACUUCUCAGACCACAGCGAAGAAAGACAUUCUUUGCCUCACCAUGAACACCAAGGUUGUUGUUGCAAUCCUCUCUCUUUUCCUGAUCUCGGCAACUCUGACAGAAGGUGUUUCACUGGCCCGGAUGGGGAGUGAACUCCGAUGCCAAUGUACAAGAACUCAUUCUGGAUUGAUACCUCCCCAAAACAUCCAGGGUGUCAAGUUGACCCAAAGUGGGCCCCAUUGCAAAAAUGUUGAGAUCAUUGCAACCCUUAAGGAUGGCAGAGAAGUAUGCUUGGACCCAACAGCAAAAUGGGUGAAGAUUAUUAUCAAGGCCCUCUUGAGCAAAGCUCAAGCUAAUAAUGGAUCGCAGCUAUAAAAAACAUUUCAGAGUCUUUCCUAUCCUGCUUUGUUGAAUGAAACUGAGCCUUUUCAGUCAAGACUUCUUUUUUUAAAACAAACUUUUAGAACCAUAUUUUAAAAAAACUUAUAAUGUACUUAUUUUUGCAGCUGCUCUAAGAGAAAGUUUUUAAGGAGAUAUUUAACAUACGCAAAAAAGAAAUGCCAUAAAUACAUUGGAAGCACAAAGAUAAGAAGGGAAAUGAAGGAAGCCGAUCUGGAAAGCAGAAACAUUGCUAAGCACAACAGAAAUCACAGUGCAGCUGUUCUUGCAGCGGCCCUUCUACUCCGAUUACAGUAAGGCAGACUGGCAGCAGAUCUUACUCCCUGGAGCAAAGACAAGCAGAAGCAGCUGCAUCAAGACUACUGUGAAUUAGAGCUAGUCUCAGGCUACUUACUCUGUGCUACAGUUGGUUAGAGGAUGAACCCUGAAACUCACCAAAUGACCUUGGGCUAGUCACUACCUGACAGCCUAACCUACCUCAUAGGGUUGUUGUGAGAUUGACGGAGACAACUGUGCCAAGCACCAAAAGAAAGACAAAGAGCCAAUCAGAAAUGUACAUCGUGUUUAAUGUGUUUCCUGAAUAAUAUUUUGAACCUAAUAUUUAUUACCAUGACAAUACCUGAGAUAAUAUUUAUUAUAGUAGCAAUCAUCUGUAUCUGAUAGAGUUUCCAAAUAGUUAUAGUAACAUUGAAAGCAAUAUUUAUUUGCAUGAUUUACCAAAGAAUAGCUUGGAGUUUUCUCACUUGGGAAUUCCUUGCAGAGAAAUUGCAUUCUUAUUUAUGUAUUUAUUGAACAAUAAUGUUGAACACUAUUAAAAAAGUUGCUUAUAGAACUGAUUAAAUUAUUUUUACACCAAAA